AUGGAGAUGAUGGUAAAGAGAAUAGAUGGACUUCAAUUGGCUGUAGUGAACAUAGCAAGUCAACCUUCAAGUGAAUGGGCCAAGGUGAAGAAGCUUUUGAGAAAUGCAACAAUGAGCAGCAACCAGAGCAAGUUCAGUACAUGCAUAACACCUCAAGCUCUUCUCAGAAUGACUUCCAUGAGGUUGAAGAAGGAGAUCAAAGACCAGCAAUUUUUCAAGUUCUUAGAGGUUUUCAAGAAGCUGGAAAUUAACCUCCCACUUGCUGAAGCUUUGGAGCAAAUGCCAUUGUAUGCAAAAUUUCUCAAGGAACUCAUCAAUAAGAAGAGAAGUUGGAAUGAAAAGGAGACUGUGAUCUUGACCCAAGAGUGCAGUGCAUUAAUUCAAAGAGGCAUUCUACCAAAACUCAAAGACCCAGGGAGCUUCAUCAUAUCAUGCACCAUAGGCAAUAUGACAUUGGAAAGAGCUCUCUGUGAUUUAGGUGCCAGCAUCAAUUUGAUGCCUCUUUCAAUGAUGAAAAAGCUUGCAAUAGAAGAAGUUAAACCCACCAGAAUGUCACUUCAAAUGGCAGAUAGAUCACUCAAGAUACCUAAUGGAGUUGUAGAAAAUUUAUUGGUGAAGGUUGGAGAAUUCAUCUUCCCUGCCGAUUUUGUCAUUUUAGACAUGGAAGAAGAUGUACACAACUCGAUUAUCUUGGGGCGACCCUUCUUAGCCACGGCAAGGGCUAUCAUUGAUGUGGAAAAAGGUGAAAUGAUUCUCAAGGUGCACGAUGAGCAAAUGAUCAUAAAUGUCUUUAAAGUAAUGCAAUAUCCCUCUGAGAAAGAAAAGCAUAUGAGAGUGGAAAUGAUAGAAAAUUUGGUUGAAGAAGCACUUGAAGCAGAUUAA